UUGACAAAAACAGGAUCCUGGGCAAAGAGUUGGUUGCAUUCCUAUUUUUCUGAUAGAAUGCAGUAUACUGUAUAUAACGGCAAAUCUUCAUCUACCUCGCUUACAAAAUCCGGUGUUCCUCAAGGUGCUGUUCUUUCUCCUUUUCUUUUUUCUUUCUUCUUGCAUGACUUGCCUCACUCUGAUGAAAUAAACUUUGUGAAGUAUGCUGAUGAUUUAACGGUUUCAAUGGCUGUUAACUCCCAGCUAGAUUGUACUAAAAUAAAUAGCUUUCUAUCGGAAGUCAGCAAAUGGUCUGAGUCUAACGGUCUUAAACUGAAUCCUUCUAAGUGUCAAACUGUUGAUUUCAGCUUAAGAUGUAAACGACAGUUAAAAGAAGUCAUCGAUUCUCAUGACAGUUGUAAAAUUGACGACAAUGAUAUAGGAAUCAAAUCAGAAAUUAAGUAUCUUGGACUCAUUCUCUCUUCUGAUCUCUCCUGGUCUUCCCAUGUCUUAGCAAUCUCCAGUAAAAUAUUCCGCUUGACAUUUUACAUUAAGAAGUUAAGACACUCGGGUAUAACUCAACCCCUCCUCUUACAGUUCAUAAACUCUUGCAUCCUACCUAUUCUUCUUUAUUGCUCACCCUUAUUCUUUCCUGGUUUGCUUAAAAAGACUAUGUCACAAUUCGUAGAAUACUGAAGACUGUCAGUAGGGUGAGUGGUGUCCCAGUGGACCACAUAGUUAACGUCGUUGUCGAUAGGCACUUGACUUCGUGCAAUAAAUUUGCUAAAGGGA